CUGUGCUCAUGCUUCUUGCCCAGGGAAAUGUCGCUGACAAUCCCCACGGUCACCAUCGACCUCCAUGAUUUCCACGCGAACCAUUUCCCACACGCGUCUCUACCCGAACUGAAUCUUUAUGGCACCGAACAAGCGCCCGACAAUAAAACAGAAAACUACGGAUAUGAAGAUGACGGCCUAGGGUACUACGAAGAUGGAGUGAAACGUACACUCACUGAUGAACAAAUUGCCAUGUUCAGACACACCGAAAUCCAAACCAUUCUCCGCGAGCGGAGAAGACGCCUUGAGGAUGGCGAGAGCUUGGAGUCUAUUACGGCUCCAUUUCCUCAACCAGUUUCCGAAGCGCAUCCUACGCGCCAACCAAGGCUCUCCCCAACACUGUCCGAUGUCAGCACGCCCAUGUCUAUAAGUUCCGAAGACAAUGGUGGUCCAAGUGCCCCAGUCAAGCAGCCAACUCAUCAAUGGACCGCAAUAAGCGACAAGACUCGAGCACGAAAUGCAAGAAAUCGGAAAAAGAAUCGCAAGAAUUACCGAGCGAGGAAGAAAGAAGAGCGGAAACUGAAAGAGCAAGAAAGGCGCCAGGCCAAAGAAGAGGAAAGUGAUGAAUGGGAUCCUUGGCACCAAGCUAAUGGCCCUGAUGUUCAGAAGGAUGAUACGGUUGACCUGGAUUAUUGA